AUGCCGCCUUUUCAAACUCUAGACCAUCAUACUGAUGAGGCACUAGAGAAUGAGACUCAGGAAACUCUCAAUGAAAAAACAUGGGCAGAAUUAAUCGCUUUAUGCCAAGAUCGAAAGUUGAAUGCGGAAGGGGAUAAACUCACACUGGUACAAAGACUCUUGGAUUGGAAAUUGAAUACGCGUCCGGUUCCUGCACCCUCAACUCCGCGUCUUAUUUCAUUAGACGUGUCAAAUGCACGACAAGAUAAGAUGAAUACUGUAUUUAUGUCAUUACUUCUUGAUGAUGAUGAUCUAUCAAAAGAAAUUCGUUAUGAUGAAUUAGAAAUAGGAAAAAAAUUGGGAUCAGGUGGAUUUAAAGAUUGCUAUAUGGGACGAUAUAAAGGGGAAUUGGUUGCUAUUGGGGAACUUCGAGUAGUGAAUUUCUCUGAUUCAGAUUUUAAAGAAAUCAAACAUGAAAUAAAUGUUCUCAAGCAGCUACGUCAUGAGAAUAUUAUACACUUCAUCGGUGUUUCUACAAAUACAAAACAUAUAUGUAUUGUUACAGAAUUAUGCGAUAAUGGCGAUUUGUUUGAUUAUAUGAGAGCAUACCCUAAAAUAUCAUUUUCUCAGCAGAUAAUGUUUAUGCACGAUAUUGCUCUGGGUGUUACUUAUUUACACACACGACGUCCUAGCAUUAUUCAUAGAGAUUUAAAAUCGAUGAAUAUCUUAAUAUCUGGCGAUUUAAGAGCAAAAAUUAACGAUUUUGGCCUCGCUCGUAUUCGGCCCAAGGCAAAUGCGAGCGUGCAUACACAAUGUGGUACUCCAAAUUGGCAAGCACCUGAAUUUUGGACACCCAACCCCAGUUACACUGAAAAAGUUGAUGUAUAUGCGUGUGGGCUUAUAUUUUGGGAAAUUUUAACGUGGGCUGAAUUUGGAUACCCAUAUCAAAAUUUUUCAGAACAUCAGUUAUAUGAAGCAGUAAGAGAUAGAGGAAUUCGUCCAGGCUUGGAAACUUUAAGAUUAUGUCCACUUAAGUUAUUAAGUUUGGUUCAGGAUAUGUGGAAGAGUGUUCCAAAAGAUAGACCUAGUAUGGGACUUGUAGUUGAAAAGCUUGCGGAAUUUCUAUCUUGA